AUGGCUCCCAAGGUUGCUAUCGUUUACUACUCCAUGUACGGCCACAUCGCCCACCUGGCUGAGGCCGAAAAGAAGGGUAUUGAAUCUGCUGGCGGCCAGGCCGACAUCUACCAGAUUGCUGAGACCCUGCCCAAGGAGGUCCUGGAUAAGAUGCACGCUCCUGACAAGAAGGAUCACCCCAUUGCCAACCCGGAAAAGCUCAAGGAAUACGACGCUGUGCUGUUCGGUAUCCCUACUCGUUAUGGUAACUUCCCUGCACAGUGGAAGGCUUUCUGGGACCACACUGGCGGCAUCUGGGCCACCGGUGGCUACUGGGGCAAGUAUGCCGGUCUGUUCGUCUCCACUGGUACCCUGGGUGGUGGCCAGGAGUCCACCGCCAUUGCUGCCAUGAGCACUCUUGCCCACCACGGCUUCAUCUACGUUCCUCUCGGCUACAAGACCAUGUUUGCCCAGUUGUCCAACCUCCAGGAGAUCCACGGUGGUAGCGCCUGGGGUGCUGGUACUUUUGCUGGUGCCGACGGUUCCCGCCAGCCCACUGCUCUCGAGCUCGAGAUCGCUGAGGGCCAGGGCAAGGCUUUCUACGAGCACGUUGCUCGUGUCAACUUCGCUUGA